AUUCCAUUACAUUAUUGUUUCAUAUAUGUCCUAAUGCUAUAUGAGAGGUAGUGUUCUAUCUACAAUAUAAUAAUAAUGUCCUAUCUAGCUUAGUAUAGGAAGUAUGGGAAAAGAAAGCAUGAUUGGGUUGAGAGACACAAGUAUAGAGAAGAGACUGAAAGGCAUAGUGGCUAUGGAGUUUGAGGUAGAAAGUAAUAAUGGAGAUGAUGGAAGCUUGAUGAGUAGUGAAGCCACCACCUUCUGGCCGGUUCAACACCCCACUGAACCAUUGGAAGAAGACCGCCCCAUCAUCUGCCCAAUGCCAUACUCUUCUUCUGUCUUGAAGAACAAUGGGCUGCAAGAAGGGAGGUUUUCGGCGGACAUUAUGAGGAAGAGAUCAGAUUACUCGGCACCGCCGCGGAAGAGCGGAGGAAUCUUGGAGGUGACGAUGGAGCCGCCGAUCCGAGCGGUGCGCAAGCGGCACCACCCGCUCGGGCCCGAGUACCGCGGCGGCGUAGCCGGGCCGGUGCGGAGGGUGCCGCCGCAAAACGCAACCAUGUCUCAAGUGCUUCACCAAUUCAACCACUUCAAAUCUUGACAAGACAGACAGUCAAGCAAAUAAUAACGCCAAUUAAGAAAUGCAAAUUAAUUAAAGAUCAUAUCCCCGGCAUCAUCAUCGCUCCAUCUAAUCAGCUCCGAUCCCUACUGUUUUUGCAUCGAUUGUCGCAGCAAUAACUUUGUCAGAUAAUGUUUGGUUUACCUGCCCAGAGAAUGCAUAGGUCAUAGACUCAUAGGUGUGGGACUGUGGGGUCGUCUGGCCGGGCAGAAAAUUAAAGUUACAUACGUUGUUGGGUAGACUGGGAAAUAAGGUUUCAUCAUCAUCAUCAUCAUCACAGUAUGUUGUACGUACGUUAUCACUGUGAAUUGGUCGUCUGGUCUGCACGACAUUCUAGUCGGACGAUAAGAUUCUAGGAAACCGUACUCGAGGGUAUGUACUGAGUAAAUUCUCGUCGUCUUAUAAUCAGAUGUUUUUUUUUAUUGAAUGGUGUUAUUAUGAUGAGUUGGGUCCUGUCAGUAAUAUCUUUCAUUUCCUGGAUGCAAGAUGUAUAAUGUGAUACUCAUUUUCAUUAUA